CUACCAUAAUCACUGACUUUCACGUGGCUCGUGCAUGGAUGUAUAAAGGGAACUGGUGAGAGGUUACCACAGCUUUCAUCAUCUGACACACUGACAGAGAUCCUGGACUGAACUGCAUUAGCCUGAGCAGCAACACAGAGCGGUGAAUAGAGCAGCAGUAACUGAACCUAUAGUGAAUCAUGGAGAGCAGCAGCAGCAGCAGCAGCACACAGAGCUCACCUCUCUCUACAUGGAGGGAAUGUGAUGUCAUCAAGAGGAUCCGCAUGUUGGCUCCUGUUGGUUUCAAGACAGAAAUAAUAGAGUUGUCUAAACUGGCAGGACCAGUGAUUAUAUCCCAGCUCAUGAUGUUUGCAGUGAGUUUUGUCAGCACUAUUUUCUGUGGCCACCUGGGUAGGACAGAGCUGGCCGGUGUGUCUUUGGCCAUAGCAGUUAUUAAUGUUACAGGUAUAUCUAUUGGAGUUGGUUUGGCUUCAGCGUGUGAUACUCUGAUUUCUCAGACCUUCGGGGGCCGCAACCUGAUGAGAGUUGGGGUCAUUCUGCAGCGGGCCAUCCUCAUUUUAUUACUGGCAUGUUUCCCCUGUUGGGCGAUCCUCGUUAACACAGAGCUCAUUCUGUUGGCUGUCAAACAAGAGCCAGAGGUGGCCAGGUUGUCUCAGAUGUACGUGAAUAUCUUUAUGCCAGCACUUCCAGCUACAUUCAUGUAUUCAUUAGAAACAAGAUAUCUGCAAAACCAGGGCAUUAUAUGGCCGCAGGUAAUCACAGGCUUCGCGGUCAAUGUUCUCAACGCUCUCAUCAACUACAUUUUCCUCUUCCCAUUAAAUCUGGGAGUAGCAGGUUCUGCCGUCGCCAACUCCAUUUCCCAGUUCUCCAUGGCUGUAAUUCUCUAUGCUUAUAUCAUAUGGAAAGGUCUUCACAAGGCCACUUGGGGAGGCUGGUCUAAAGAGUGCUUGCAGGACUGGGGCUCGUACAUCAACUUGGCCAUCCCCGGCAUGAUCAUGAUGUGUGUUGAGUGGUGGACGUAUGAGAUUGGAAGCUUUCUGGCAGGUCUAAUAAGUGAGGUGGAGCUUGGAGCUCAAUCGGUUGUAUACGAACUGGCAAAUGUUGCAUUCAUGUUCCCUAUGGGUUUCGGUAUAGCUGGCAAUGUAAGAGUUGGAAAUGCCUUGGGAGCCGGAGACACAGAGCAGGCUAUAUUGUCUACUAAACUGACAAUGUUCUGUGGAGGGUCAGUCUCUAUAUGCUUGUCUAUUCUCAUUGGGAGCCUGAAGGACCAUAUCUCUUAUGUCUUCACAUAUGACGAACAAAUCAGGGAAAGGGUUGCUGAUGUUAUAACUCUAUAUGCUCCAUUCGUCCUCCUAGAUGCAAUAUCAGCUUCCGUGGGAGGCGUCAUAAGAGGAGCAGGUAAACAGAAGAUUGGGGCUAUAUCCAACAUUGUGGGAUAUUAUGGUGUCGGUUUUCCCAUUGGAGUGUCACUGAUGUUUGCAGCCAAAUUGGGAAUCAAAGGUCUGUGGAUAGGUUUGUUUACCUCUGUGUUUCUGCAAUGCUCAUUCCUGAUUAUAUACCUGGUGAGAAUGAACUGGAAGAAAGCAACAGUGGAGGCUCAAAUCCGAGCGGGAGUGUGUGGGAGCAGCUCCACAGACACAAGUCCCCAAUCAGAUGACCCCGAAUACUCACAGGACCAAACGGACACCAUUGACACCAUGGACCUGAUUGACACUGAGGAGGAACCAGCAGUAAAAACAGUGGAGGCGGAGCUCUCUCACAGGACUCUGGUUGUGCGUCGGGGCCUGGCUCUGGCUGCCAUGCUAUCCAUCCUGGCGGCUGGAAUCAUUAUGAACGUGGUGAUCACUAACUUGGUUACAUGAACAUGACCAAAGUUUAUUGGAUUCAAUGAAGUAUCUCCUUAGGCACCAGUGCACAAUAUGAUGCACAUGUUUGCAUUGCAGCGUGUCAAAGCAGGACAUGCAGAAGAAAGGCACCCAUCCAGAUGUGCAGGAAGCAGACAGAGCAUAUGGGGUGACAUGUUGUAUGAUCAAUGAAUUAAUCUACGAAAGCACAAUAUUGCUUUCAGACCUUUGAUUCACACGAUUUUCUAGUGAAUCUGCCAGUGAUUGGCUCACAACCACAUUCUGUCAAAGAGAAAGAGUCAAACUAAAGACAGUUUGACAACCUUUGUAUUUAAUGCAUUAAACAGAAGCAUUGUGGUUAUCCUGGA